AAAAUCACGAGCAACGAUCUUCUGAUUCCCAGGAUCUUCGAUACUCAAUCCCUCCACGAAAUUUGCAGCUUUGCUUACGGUAAUUGCAUCUGAUUAUCUGAACAUGGACGAAAAAGAAGAGUUUCUCAAUGAGUUCGGAGAGGAUUAUGGCUAUCCAAAUGGUCCGAAGAGCAUCGACGAAAUACGAGCUACUGAAUUCAAGCGAUUGGAUGAGAACGGUACUGUUUACUUGGAUCAUGCUGGAGCGACUCUUUACUCCGAGUUGCAGAUGGAAGCGAUCUUCAAAGAUCUCACUGGCUGUGUUUAUGGAAAUCCACAUAGCCAAAGUGAAUCUAGUUCAGCCACUUCUGACAUCAUAAGGGAAGCACGCCAACAGGUCCUUGAUUACUGCAAUGCUUCUCCGAAAGAUUAUAAAUGCAUAUUCACUUCUGGGGCAACAGCAGCAUUGAAGCUGGUUGGGGAAAACUUUCCAUGGAGUUGUCAGAGCAGCUAUAUGUACACGAUGGAAAAUCACAAUAGUGUACUUGGGAUCAGAGAAUAUGCACUUGAUAAAGGAGCAGCAGCCUUUGCUGUAGACGUUAUAGAGGGUUUUCUUGAUGAAGUAUCCAGCAGCCCCGUGGCUGUGACCUCUCUGAAGGUAUCACAGCAUCCAGUCCAGAGAAGAAGUGAAGUCAGAUUUCUAGAAAGGGAGCUUACGGGUGGUGUGCAUAAUCUAUUUGCAUUCCCCUCGGAGUGCAAUUUCUCAGGAUUGAGAUUUAAUCUUGACCUGGUGAAGAUUGUCAAAGAAAAUGCUGAAAGAAUUCUGGAAGGCUCUCCUUUGUCUAAGGGCCAUUGGAUGGUCCUAAUUGAUGCUGCAAAAGGAUCUGCAACACAACCACCGGAUUUGUCACUUUAUCCUGCAGAUUUUGUGGUACUCUCGUUUUAUAAGCUAUUUGGAUAUCCAACUGGUCUUGGUGCUCUUGUUCUCCGGAAUGAUGCGGCCAAGUUACUGAAAAAGGCUUAUUUCAGUGGAGGUACAGUUGCUGCCUCAAUUGCCGAUAUUGACUUUGUUAAAAGAAGAAAAGGUGUGGAGCUUUUUGAGGAUGGUACGAGUUCAUUCCUGAGCAUUGCAUCUAUCCGUCAUGGAUUCAAAAUACUCAAUUCCCUAACUGCAUCUGCGAUCUUCCGGCAUACAGCAUCACUUGCAAUAUAUGUGAAGAAAAAGCUCUUACUUUUGAGGCAUGCAAAUGGAGCCAGUGUCUGCACAGUUUAUGGAAGCCAAACUUUGAAGGUUUCUAGUCAUGAAUCUGGUCCCAUAGUCUCUUUCAACCUGAAAAGACCUGAUGGUUCUUGGUUUGGAUACCGGGAGGUUGAAAAAUUGGCAUCCCUAUCUGGAAUUCAGCUACGGGAUGCUUUUGUAAUCCUGGUGCAUGCGCAAAAUAUCUUGGCUUGUCCCAUUCAGAUCUUCUUUCAAAUAUAGAGGCUGGGCAUAUUUGCUGGGAUGACAACGAUAUACUGCAUGGAAAACCAACUGGAGCUGUUAGAGUAUCAUUUGGUUACAUGUCCACAUAUGAGGAUGCCAAGAAUUUUAUGGAUUUUGUAAGACGCUCCUUUGUAUCAAUUCCAAGUGGGCAUGGAAAUGGGUAUCCGUUGGCAGCCAGGUCCAUUCCUUUUCACUGUGAAGGCAUUGAAAGGCAUGUAGCAAGUUCUAGUUACUACCUCAAGUCCAUCAUCAUCUACCCAAUAAAAUCAUGUGGAGGAUUCAGUGUGGAAAGCUGGCCUCUAAGCAGUACAGGUUUCAAACAUGAUCGAGAGUGGCUUCUCAAAAGCCUGACUGGUGAAAUUCUUACACAGAAGAAGGUUCUUGAAAUGUCCCUUAUCAGUACCUUUAUUGACCUCAAUAAGGAAAUAAUGUUUGUGAAGUCACCACACUGCAAAACAAAGUUGCUGAUCAAACUAAACUCAAAUUCCAAUCAAUACAGGAGUAACGGAACAGAAGAAAUUUAUUUACAUGGUCAAAGGUCUGAUA